GACUGUUUAUAGACGUAGUAAAAUGGCAUACUUAGGUAAAGUUUUUAAAUUCGAAAAACACGAGAACUAUGAUGGAUUUAUUAAAUCUUUAGGAGUACCGGAAGACAAAGCCGAGAUUCUCCUAAGAGCAAAACCUAGUCAGAAGCUAGUAAAGAACGGAGACACGUACACGUUGAGCGUCAUAACUACGGAAUCUACAAGAAAUGUGACAUUCAAGUCUGGAGUUGCAUUCGAUGAGGAUAUUCGAGGACUCCUUGUGAAAACAAGAAUAACCGUAUCAGGCGAUACAUUAAUACAAGUGCAGGAUUUCAACAAAAAGAGGACUUUCACUUUUAAGAAAGAAUUUACCGAAAACACGCUAAAAGAGACUAUCACAGCGAACUUUUGGGACGGUGCGGCGUAUAGAUACUACGUGGCCUCAUAAAUAUAUGAGAAAUCAAAAUUAUUUUUUAAGUGUAAUUUAUUGUAAGGCAUUAGGUAAUCUACAGGGUCAUUUGUAAAAUAUUAAGAACUUCACAGCACUGUAUUACUAACAUCACAAACAACAACUUUUCUUC